AUGGAUGCCUUGACGAGAAUCUUGAUAGACAAGAAGGAGGAAGAGUGUAGAAAAAAUGUAUAUUUCGAUCGUUUUUCGAAUUCUCUUCGAGAAUGAACUGUUCCAGAACAGCUGGUCUUACUGAUAGGCAGAACAAGAACAUGGUUGAGCUCUUUUUAUUUAUUGCAAGACCAGGUUGACGGCUCACAUGUAUGA